AAUAAACUAUCUGAAAUGAAACUAUUGAUUUGUUUUGAUAUUUUGUUUUCUGAUUUAUGCAUGGAGACUUGCCAUGAACAACCAGUCCUUUUGUUCCGCAAAGCCUCUGCUCAUGCUCAUACUCCUUCUCGGGGCUCAGAAUUAGCAGCUGGUUAUGAUCUAUAUAGCGCUGUCGAUUGCGUUCUUAAGCCUGGAGGUCGCGCUCUUAUCAACACGGACAUUCAGAUUUCUCUUCCACCUGGUUGUUAUGGUCGAAUUGCUCCUCGCAGUGGUUUGUGCCUCAAACAUGGAAUCGAUGUUGGUGCUGGUGUUAUUGAUCAAGAUUACCGAGGAAAUAUUAUGGUGGUUCUCUUUAACUUUGGGGACGAAAAUUUCAUGGUUAGAAAAGGUGACAGAAUUGCUCAACUCAUCUGUGAGAGAAUUUAUUUGCCUACUCUGAAAGAAUGCUCAAUUCUCGAUGAAACCAAGCGUGGCGCUAAUGGCUAUGGCUCUACUGGAGUGUAA